CAUAUCAUAAUCAAACUUAAUUUUAAACAUGAGUAUAUUUUGCUUGAUAUAUCAUCAUAUCAACUAUGUUUAAUUUGCCGGACAAGCAUUUUGGUUUAAAAAUUUUACUUAUAUAGUAUCAUUCUUUAAAUUCUGUGAUAAUACAGGAUUUCUAUUUUUAUUUUUUGUUUUAUGUAUUUAUAGCAAAAUGCCAAAGCAGAAAAGCAGAACAAGAAGAAAGGCUGCUCCACAAAACCUGGUAGAGGAUGUUCACGAUUUAGUGGAGGAACAAAGUCAGGAGUUACCACCAAUAUACAGGCCACCAGUGCGGAGACGCAAGGCCAGACAAACAGCUCCUGAAAAUCUGUCAGUUCGUGAAACAAAUGCUAAACAGUCGUCUGUUCCAACCGCAAAUGACAUUGCUGAUGCUUUGUUCCUGAAGUUUCAAAGUUCUGGCGUUCAACUUGUCAAAGACAAUACAGCAGUUCCAAUUAAUGACUUAACUGGUAUAUUGUCGUCAUCAUCUAUACAACCAGAAAAUUCGUCAACUACUGACUCCCAGGGACCAAUGUUAGCUGUCUUUCAACCACCAGUUUCCUCAGAUCCUAAUAUCAACACUCCUUCUGAUGGAAGCUCAUCAGAUUGCUCCUUGGUUAAGUCCAACUCCUGUGGCCAUUCCACCUCAAUUUUUGCAUCUAUGACUGAUAAGCUUGUUAGUGCAUCAUUAUCUGAUGCUACUGUGUCAUCAUAUAAUAGAAUGCUAAGUGUGUAUUCAAAUUUUUGUCAGAAAUUUUUUCCAGGAGUUAUUGUACUUCCAUCUACUCAUGUCAUGGUUGCUCAUUUUAUUUCACAUUUGUUUAUUCAAAAUUAGCAACCAUCUACAAUUGCGUCAUACAUAUCAGCCAUCAGUUUUAUACAUAAAAUUAAGUUCUUACAGGAUCCAACAGACACAUUUUUUAUUAAA